UUUCAAAGCAAAAACAUUUUUAAUUUUACCCAUACUCAUGUUUACACAAGGAGUCACAUUGUGUUGUGGACAAAUUUGAGUUGCAGUGAAAACAUUUAUUCAGCGUGGCCCACUCAUUUAUUAUUCAACAGACAUGAAUUUACUUUGAACUCUUUGUUAUUCAGUUUUAAUGUGUUUAUUCAAGUGUAACCAGGUGAAAAAAAAAGUACCAGUGGGAGAAAAGGCUGGAAUUAACCAGAAAACAUGUUUGUAUUAUCAGCAUAUCAGACACUGUCACCGUCAGUCCUGGAAGACACACUUUCACUUAGCACACACACAUUUUUGACCAGUCCAUGGAGUUAACUGGGCUCAUCAAACUUCACGGCUUAUGUAGUCGUCAUCUGAUGAAUUAUUUCACUCAGCCACUAAAGAUCUAGGACUUGUCAUCCACGGUAAUUCAGAGUAAACGGCGGCAUGUCUCUGCAGGCUACAGUCCUAUCAUCAAGACUAAACAACACGUGCAGUAACGUGAAAAACAGAAACCCCACAGCGAUCCAGCAGGUUGCUGGAGGCCUGCCCUACUGUAGCUCACCCCUCCCUCCUCUUACACUCAACUCCUUCAGAAACUGUCGCAUACAAGUCCUCUGUCCCCUGCAGCAGCCGAGAUCCUCGGAACCUCCUCGGCCCUAACUCCAGACCUCACAUCAUGUUCUUCAAGUUCAUCUGUGCUGUGGUGACCAGAUCUCUGUUUAUACUCGUCUCUCUCACCGGCGUGUGGAGAGUGGUCUAUGUGAAGGACAAUGGGCUCUACUGGUUCCUCACCAUCCUCUACCUGCCUCUUAUCGCUGAGAUGAUUGUGACCCUCAAGAGAAAGAGAGGGAGUGAUUACAAAUGGUUUUCUCCAGCUAUCUUCUUCUUCCUCAUCAGUAUUAUCCCAUCGAUAUGGAUUUUAGAGCUUCAUCACAAGCAAAACAAUCUCUCUUCAAGGUGUAAGAAACUCAACUCGGCGGAAAAUAUUCAGAGUGUUUUGAAUCCCCUGAUGAACUCAACAAACAGCAGUGAAGCGUUCAUGACCGUCCUGUCCUCAGUGUGUGCCGACGACUGGAUCCUGGCUCUACACCAGAUCCUCAUUGUCCUCCUGAUCCUGGGCAAAUGGCUGCUGCCGGCCGCCGGAGCGCUGAGCAGGGACCAGCUCUCCCAGCUGCUGCUCAUCUUCGUGGGCACGGCUGCCGACAUACUGGAGUUCACCUCAGAGACGCUGUCUGACAUCAGGGACAACAGUCUAGACAUGGUCUACAUCAUUCUGGCCGUGUGGACCUGGAGCAUGCUGCAGUUUCCCCUCCAUCUCUCAGUAAUGGAUGCGUCUGUGGAGGACCUGUCGCCGGGACCCUCCCUGUUCUCCCGCCUCAGCGCAGAAAUCUGGAGCACUCUGGAAGCGUUGCUCAUCCAGGACGGGCCUUUCCUCCUCGUGCGCCUCAUUGUCAUGCUGUACUUCAGCGUGGUUCACCAGAUGCUCAUCUUCUUCGCCAUCAAGAACUUCCUGGUGGUCAUCCUGAACAUCUAUCGACUCUCUGUGCUCGUCUGUGACGGGAGCUCCUGAAAGUGGCUUCACGCCGCAGUGGAGUGGCAUUUGCGAGGCAGCACAAAAGACGAUGUCAUAUUUACCGCACGCGAACGUUCAUCAUUUUCUAAUAAAGAUCCUCACACCAUUCAGUUUGCUAAUUUAGAGUAUCAGAAUGAGAAAAGUAAUGACCCAGAUGAGACUAAGCGAUUUAAACCUCAAGUCCUGAUAGAGAAAUUGUCGUGGUCUGACAAACAAAACGCUGAAAAGGCAGUUUGAAAUCCCUUCUCUUCGUUUCCAUGGUUAGUACUUUUCUCAACACUUAUUUUUGGCACAUUUCUGCCACUGCCAGUUGAUUCUGUGUGGAACCAAGGACAGAUAUUAAUAGCAACGUGCAGGUGGGGCCUCUCUGUGUCCACUUCUAUAUACUAAUACUCACUCUUUAGGCAGAGAUGAAUGCUCGGGGCCUGUAGCAUGUGUUUAGAAAGAGUGAGCGGCUGCUGUGCAGUAGAUCCAGAUGCAUCUUUAACCAGC